AUCACUAUUAAUGUAAUGUCUACUAUUUACCGAUAACAUUGUAUCAAAGUCUCGACUAGAGUAUUUUUAACGUAGCCUUGAAUAACUAAUGAAGUGAGAUAUAUUUUACAAGGUUCACUCUUCUGAAAAUUUAGUUAUUCCUUUGAAUCCGCGACGGUAAUUUGAUCUCGAUAUGGCCAGUAGAGUACCAUUAAUUAAAUUGAAUAAUGGAAGAACAAUUCCGGCAUUUGGCCUGGGCACGUGGAAAUCGAAACCAGGUGAAGUAACUCAGGCAGUAAAAGAUGCUAUCGAUGCUGGUUACAGACAUAUCGACUGUGCGUAUUACUAUGAAAACGAAGCCGAAGUUGGAGCAGCACUUAAAGAAAAAAUUGCUAGCGGUGUUGUCAAAAGAGAAGAGCUAUUUAUUACCAGUAAACUGUGGCCUUCAUUCAUGCGACCUGAUCUUGUCGAACCAACAUUGAAAGAAUCAUUGAAAAAUUUGUGUUUAGAUUAUUUGGACUUAUACUUGAUUCAUUGGCCAGCGGCUUUGAAGGAAGGAGGUGCAUUACUACCAAAACGACCCGAUCAUGACGUACUAUGUGUAUUUAGUGAUGUCGACUAUAUUGACACAUGGAAAGCUAUGGAAGAAGUAGCUAAAAAGGGCUUAGCUAAAUCUAUUGGUGUAUCCAACUUCAAUAAAAGACAAUUAGAAAGAGUAUUAGAAAAUGCCACAAUCAAACCUGUUAAUAAUCAGAUCGAGUGUCACCCGUACUUGAAUCAAAAAAAGCUCAUCGCAUUUUGUAAAUCCAAAAAUAUAGCAGUAACAGCUUACAGUCCCUUGGGAUCACCAGAUAGACCAUGGGCUAAGCCUACCGAUCCAAUUCUUACUGAAGAUCCUAAAGUGAAGGCUAUUGCCGAAAAAUAUAAGAAAUCCAGUGCACAAGUUAUUUUGAGGUAUCUCUUCCAACAAGGAGUUAUUCCAAUUCCAAAAUCCGUCAAUAAGAAAAGGAUAACAGAAAACAUAAAUAUUUUUGACUUUGAAUUGACUCCUGAAGAUGUUGCAGUAUUUGACACGUUUGACUGUAAUGGAAGAGUUUGUUGGUUUGUUGAGGCUGUUGGACAUCCUCACUACCCAUUCAAUGAUGAAUACUGAUCAAUUAUUGUAUUAAAAAAAUAAAGUGUCAUCAAUA